UAUAGUUACAUAAUUAUCUUAGACACUUAGUGCCAAGGGGCAAAUGACAUGGCUCGUCUGGUCUUUACAGAGAAGGAACAAAAUUCCUACGAUCCUAGGAAGUAUAAGGUAGUCCACAAGAAUCACUGGCGUCAGGUUAGUCUGCGUUUGGCGCCCACGCAGAAAAAAUGGUGGGAGGAUCCAGAUGUUAUUGUUGCCUGGCACUGUUGCGCGCUCCGACUCGGGCUCCGAAUGGCUGCCGCCCGCUUUGCCCGCGGGCGGGACGUGCGCGACGGUAACGAUGCUGCUCGCCCGCCGGAUAGCAGCACGGUCAGUCGACGCAGAGCCGUGUUACGGUGCGAACAGGAUGAACGUCUGGCAGACGCUCGAGUAUCUGUCCGGCCUGGGUCUGCGCAAGCGUUACAACUAUGAGGGCUUUGCGGAUACGCAGCAUCUGAUACGCACCCUAACCCCGUCCUGGCGCCGGGACAGUUAUGCGGAGCGGACGAAGGCGGAGGAGGUGGCUAGCGGCGCCGGCAAUGCCAAGUACGUGGAGGAGCGCGGCAUCGGCAGCGUUGCGGAUGUCGUCUCCGCCACCAUGGCCAGGGGCAUACCCAGUUUCCAGUCCAACGAUAAUCUGGUCCUGAGUCUGCAGGGCGUCGCUGCGAGUGCAGCUGCUCCACGGCGCAAACGUCGCAGUCGACGGAAGUUAUCCGUGCAGGAUGCAGAGUACGCGCUCAGCCAGGACGAUCUGCAGGAUCUGGUCAAGUGCACCUUCAAUUUGCCGCGCAUCAGCGCCCGGCUGGAGCGGCUCAUGGGCACCAAUGUGGUCAAGCUGACCGACCGCGCCUACAUGAAGGAGCUGCGCGAACGGAUCGACGAGGAUUACCGCAAGCAGCUGCUGGCCAGGAUUCGAGCGCGUGAGUUAAAAGAGGUGGAGCGUGAGCGCAUGCUGAUUAUAGAGGGAAAAUCAGAUAUAAUACCUGAAGAGCUGGCCGACGAUCCCAUCUUUAUGGUCAACAAAGAUGCCAAUGCCGAGAUACUCAAAGAGCGCUCCAAGCUGAAAACAAGCCGAGAAAAGAACGCAGAACGCCUGAAGGUGCAGGGCGUCAAAUGGGAGCGGGAGAGACUGCAGCAUGCGGCCAAGGAGGCCGAGAUGCUGGCCAAGAAGCACGAGCGCCAGCGCCAACAAAAGCUGCUCGUCGAGCAGUACCGCCUCGAGGAUGCCGAGCGGGGCAUGGACCUAUUACGCAUCGACAACGAGGACUGGCGCGAAUGUGAACAAAAUCUGAAGGAGUUCCUUGAGAACGAGCGGGCCAAGAUGAAGGAGCGUUCGCUGCGUGUGCCCAUGCCCUUCUCCUCCGAUCCGCAGGACAUACAGAACAUAGUGCGCGCUCGGCAAAAGUUCAGGGAGACGGAGCUGCGCAUCCGGCACCAGCUGGAGGACGAGAAGAAGGAGGUGGCCGUGGUGCCGGCGACCAGCGAAUUGGAGGCCUUCAUCAUGGAGGACAUUGGCGGUGGCAGCAUUGAAAUGCAGCGUGAGCCAUCCCAAGAAUUUGGUGACUAUCCGGGCGCCAUUCAAAGCAAAUACAUGGACGAUGCCUCCGAUCUGUCCGAGGAGUCGCUGAAGAGCGAGAGCCUCAUCAGUUUGACGGUGGCCAAGCAGCAAUACGCCGAGGUGCUCCAGGAGGAGAUGGAGGAUGAGUUUAAUCGCGGCCUGCUCAUAUCGAAGCAGCAAUACGAUCAACUGCGCUUCGAGGACGAGAAAAUUGUCGCUUUGCGCAAUGCCAAGAACAUUCUCGAGCUGUAUCAGUUGGCCGAGCAAAUAAUCAUGGGCGAUCCGAUUGAGGAGGAGCCGGAGGAGAUCGCCGAGGAAGAGGGCAACUUUGACGAUAUUCUUGACCCCGAUGAGGACGCAUAAAAUAUGCUGUUUUAAUAAUCGUUUCAUCACAUUUUAUUUCGAUCUAUACCCGUCUCACCCUUUUGAACGGGACAAAUUAUUCCCAAAAAAAUGGGGUUUUACUCAAAUUUCAGACAACAAUUUUCAAAUACAUUUGAAGCAAAUUACGUGAUAAAUUUCCAAAAUGCACGGUUGCAAGAUUGAAAUUAUAGUUAAUCAAAAAGCGUACAGGGAAGGGCUGUCAUCCGAUACGAAAUCUCAGCGAAAUAAACCUGUCAAUAUAAGUGUCAAUGCAUCAAGUUUAAUUAAACCUGUAACAAGUUCAAGAUAAUAAAACCCACGUACAAAUAAAAAA